AUGCUGGAGAUGAAUUCUGCAGUGAACGGGAAAUCGGACGAGGAUUGUCUUUUUCUUGAGCGUGUUUUAGAUAAGUUGUACGAUUUUGGAACAAAAAAGAAGAAAAAGCGUAAACGAGGUCCAGAACAACAAGAAGAUCCUCUGGAGUCUCAAAACGAUUCUGUCUCAUUCACAGCGCAGCAUCAGUCUGAACAAACAGAUCGUCUCCCACAGAAAGACCAGGUGGAGGUAGUAACGUUCCAGGAUCCUAGAAAAAACAAUAAGACAAGUCGCUUCCCAGUCACUCCCAAAACAAAAUCUCUUAAAACGACAGAAAAAAACAGCGAAAAGACAGAAGAACUAAGUUUGGAAAAGGCCCGACUGGAAGUUCAUCGCUUUGGAAUCACAGGCUACAAGAAAGAGCAGCAGCGAGUGUUUGAGCAGGACAGAGCCGUCAUGCUCGGGGCUCGACCACCAAAAAAACAGUGUGUCAAUUAUAAAGUACUACAACAACAAAUCAAAGACAAAAAGCAAAAGGAGAAGGAGGAGGUCGACCCGGAUCUAAAGACCAAGAAGAAAAAGAAAAGUCCCAAGGAUAGAAGGAAGUCGUCCACCUCUGGGUCAGGGGCAGGACCCUCGGGACAAGUUGGACGUUUCAAAAAUGGCAUGUUGAUCCUCAGCCCCAAAGAAUUCCAGAAAAUCAAAGGCUCUAAAGGAAAAAAAUAG